GAUUUGCUCAUAUGCCACCAGAUUGAGCCAAGACACAGAUACAUCCACACUGAAGAUAGACCAGACAUCACAUUUUACGACGUAGACUCAGGAACAACAAAAGAGAUAGAUGUUGCUAUGGCUCAUCCCUGGAGCAAAGAUACCAUCAAGGGAGCGUCCACGACAUGUGGAUAUGCAGCAACAAAACGAGAGGCAAGGAAGGAAGUAAAGUAUCGCAAAGAAUCAUUACCAGAUGGUUCUAAGCCUUUUGUUACUCCUCUGGUGUUCGAACACUUUGGUCGUUGGGGACCCAAAGCAGAGGAAUUUUUAAAUGAGCUUGCAAAGAAGUCCAAAGACAUGCUGGGAAGGAAAAAUGAAGCAGCGUUUAGAAGCUAUUGGAGAAGAAGAUUUUCUGUGAUUAUUCAGAAAUGUAACAGUAGAGUUGUUUUAAGAAAGCUAUCUAGGCUUUCAUUGAAUUGUUUGGAUGGACAAGACAAGCUAGAGAUGGACAAAGCCAUUCAUAGUUCUAUUCAUUAA